UCUCCCGCUCCCGGUGCCGUUCCCGCUCCCGUUCCCUGUCCCGCUCCCGUUCCCGGUCCCGGUGCCGGUCGGGCCAUGGCCGCCCCGCUCGCCCCCUCCGGUUUCCAGUUCGCCAUCGACCGCGGCGGGACGUUCACGGACGUGUUCGCGCGCUGCCCCGGCGGCCGCGUGCGCGUGCUCAAGCUGCUCUCCGAGGAUCCCGCGUACCGGGACGCGCCCACCGAGGGCAUCCGCCGCAUCCUGCAGGAGGAGCUGGGGGUGCCCCUGCCCCGGGACCAGCCCCUGGACGGGUCCCUGAUCCAGUGGAUCCGCAUGGGCACCACGGUGGCCACCAACGCGCUGCUGCAGCGCCGGGGCGAGCGCACGGCCCUGGCCGUGACCCGCGGCUUCAGACACCUGCUGCACAUCGGGGAGCCGGCCCGGCCGCGCCUCUUCGACCUGGCCGUGGCCAUGCCCGACGUGCUGUACGAGGACGUCAUCGAGGUUGACGAGCGCGUUGUCCCCGAGCAGCCGGAUUGUCACCUGCCCGGGAGUGACACCUGGCCCCGGGUGCAAGGCUGCUCUGGGGUCACCCUGCUGGUGCAGAAGCCGCUGGACCUGGGGCGGCUCCGGGGGGACCUCGAGGGGCUCCUGGGGCGCGGCUUCCGCAGCCUGGCGGUGCUGCUGCUGCACAGCUACGCGUGGCCGGUGCACGAGGAGCAGGUGGCCACUCUCGCCCUGGAGCUGGGGUUCUCGCAGGUGUCGCUCUCCUCGGGCGUGGCGCGCAUGGCCCGGGCCGUGCCCCGCGGCCUCACCGCCUGCGUCGACGCUUACCUGAGCCCAGGUGUGCGGCGCUACCUGAGCAGCUUCUGCCAGGGCUUCCGGGACGGGCUGCAGGGUGUCCGGGUGCUGUUCAUGCGCUCGGACGGGGGGCUCACCCCCAUGGCCAGUUUCGGGGGGGCCCGCGCCAUCCUGUCAGGCCCGGCCGCGGGGGUCGUGGGCUACGCCAGGACCACCUACGACCCCCAGGAGGGGACCCCCGUCAUCGGCUUCGACAUGGGAGGCACCUCGACGGACGUCAGCCGCUACGCGGGGGAGCUGGAGCACGUGUUCGAGGCCACCACGGCCGGAGUGUCCAUCCAGGCGCCGCAGCUGGACAUCAACACCGUGGCCGCGGGGGGAGGGUCCCGGCUCUUCUUCAGGUCGGGUCUCUACGUUGUCGGUCCCGAAUCCGCGGGGGCUCAUCCGGGUCCGGCCUGUUACCGCAAGGGGGGUCCCCUGACCGUCACCGAUGCCAACCUGGUUCUGGGCCGGCUGCUCCCGGAUUUCUUCCCGCGGAUUUUCGGGCCGGGCGAGGACGAGCCGCUGUGCCGGGGCGCGGCCGAGGGGGCGUUCCGGGCGCUGGCCGCCACCAUCGGGGACAGCGGGGACGGCCCCGGGGAGCCGCCCUCGGUGGAGGAGGUGGCCCUGGGCUUCAUCCGCGUGGCCAACGAGGCCAUGUGCCGGCCCAUCCGCGCGCUGACGCAGGCUCGGGGUCACGACGCCGCCCGGCACAUCCUGGCGAGUUUCGGCGGUGCCGGCGGCCAACACGCGUGUGCCAUCGCCCGGGCACUGGGCAUGCGGCGGGUCGUGAUUCACAAGCACAGCGGUUUGCUGUCCGCGCUGGGUCUCGCUCUGGCCGAUGUCGUGCACGAGGAGCAGGAGCCGUGCGCGCUCCCGUACGAACCCGCCGCGUUCCCGCAGCUGCAGCGGCGCCUGCGCGAGCUCGAGCGGCGCUGCCGGGACGCGCUGCGGGAGCAGGGCUUCGGCGACGAGCAGAUUGUCACCGAGCCGUUCCUGCACCUGCGCUACGACGGCACCGACGGGGCCCUGAUGGUGUCACCGCGGGGCCACCCCCCGCACGCCGGGUCCUGCGCGGCCGGGGACUUCCUGGCGGCCUUCACCGAGCGGUACCAGCAGGAGUUCGGGUUCACGCUGCCGGGCCGGGCCGUGCUCGUGGACGAUCUGCGGGUUCGGGGCCGCGGCAGAACCGAGAGCGGGGCGGAGCCACGGCUGGGGGAGAGGGGCGGGAAACCCAGAGUGGAGAGGGUGACCCGCGUGUAUUUCGAGGGCGGGUACCAGGACACGCCCGUGUUCCUGCUGGGGGAGCUGGGCAGCGGCCACACCCUGCCCGGGCCGGCCCUGAUCAUCGACACCAACAGCACCGUCCUGGUGGAGCCGGGCUGCGUGGCCUCGGUGACGCCGCUGGGGGACCUGAGCAUCGCGGUGGGGGAGGGGCCGCGGCGGGAGCUGGGCACGGAGCUGGACCCGGUGCAGCUCUCCAUCUUCUCCCACCGCUUCAUGAGCAUCGCAGAGCAGAUGGGGCGCACGCUGCAGCGCACCGCCAUCUCCACCAACAUCAAGGAGCGCCUCGACUUCUCCUGCGCCCUGUUCGGGCCGGGGGGGGGGCUGGUGUCCAACGCCCCCCACAUCCCCGUGCACCUGGGCGCCAUGCAGGAGGCCGUGCAGUUCCAGAUCCGUAACCUGGGCCCGGAGCUGCGCGAGGGUGACGUCAUCCUGAGCAACCACCCGCGGGCGGGGGGCAGCCACCUGCCCGACCUGACCGUCAUCACACCUGUGUUCUGGCCGGGCCAGCCCCGCCCCGUGUUCUUCGUGGCCAGCAGGGGGCACCACGCGGACGUGGGGGGCAGCACCCCCGGCUCGAUGCCCCCCCACUCGCAGAGCCUGAGCCAGGAGGGGGCGGCGUUCGUGUCCUUCAAACUGGUGACAGGGGGACAGUUCCAGGAGCAGGCGGUGACCGAGGCCCUGCUCGCCCCCGCCUCCGUCCCCGGCUGCUCGGGCACGCGCAACCUGCGCGACAACCUGGCGGACCUGCGCGCGCAGGUGGCGGCGAACCGGAAAGGGAUCGGGCUGGUGCGGGAGCUGAUCGGGCAGCACGGGCUGGCGGCCGUGCAGGCCUACAUGGGAUACGUGCAGGCCAAUGCCGAGGUGGCCGUCCGGGACACGCUCCGCGCCGUGGCCGCGCGCUUCGGGACGUCGCUGGCGGCCGAGGACUCGAUGGACGACGGGACCCCGAUCCGGCUGCGGGUGCAGCUGGACCCCGAGGAGGGCAGCGCCGUGUUCGAUUUUGGGGGGACGGGCCCCGAGGUUUUGGGGAACUGCAACGCGCCGCGAGCGAUCACCCUGAGUGCGCUCAUCUACUGCCUGCGGUGCCUGGUGGGGCACGACAUCCCCCUCAACCAGGGCUGCCUGGCACCUGUCCAGGUGCGCAUCCCGCCCGGCUCCAUCCUGGACCCCUCCCCCGAGGCCGCGGUGGUGGGCGGGAACGUGCUGACGUCACAGCGCGUGGUGGACGUGGUGCUGCGCGCCUUCGGGGCCUGCGCCGCCUCCCAGGGCUGCAUGAACAACGUGACGUUCGGCUCUGCCCGCGGGGGUUACUACGAGACGGUGGCGGGGGGCGCCGGGGCCGGGCCCGGCUGGGGGGGGCGCAGCGGGGUGCACACGCACAUGACCAACACGAGGAUUACUGACCCCGAGAUCCUCGAGCUGCGGUACCCGGUGCUGCUGCGCCGCUUCGAGCUGCGGGCGGGCUCGGGGGGGGCGGGGCGGUUCCGGGGGGGGGAGGGGGUGAUUCGGGAGCUGCAGUUCCGGAGAGCGACCGAGCUGUCGGUGCUGAGCGAGCGCCGCGCCACGCGGCCCUACGGGAUGGCCGGGGGGCUCCCGGGGGCUCCGGGGCUGAAUUUGCUGCUGCGCCGCGACGGGAGAAUCGUCAACCUGGGGGGCAAGAGCCAGGUGUCGGUGGAGCCGGGGGACAUUUUCCGCCUGCUGACCCCGGGCGGGGGGGGGUACGGCCCCCCCGAGGAGGAUUUUGGGGGCGCCCCCCAGGACCCUCCAGACCCCCAGGACCUGUGGGCGCCCCAGAACUGCCUGAACCCCCAAAACGUGGGGAGCGCCCCGGCCCCACAGACCCCACAGACCCCACAGACCUUCCUGGAGCGCGGCAGCGUCUUCGAGUUCCGGCGGGCGCAGGAGGGGGUGUGACCCCAAAACCCCAAAAACCGCUAUGGGGCAGCCCCACAACCCCAGAAAUGCACCGUCCAUGGGGCAGCCCCCAUCCCAAACUCUCUGUGGGGUUUGGGGUGCUUUUGGGGUGGCCCCUCCUCUAGAAACGCACAGUCCAUAGGGCAGCCCCCCAACCCCGCUAUGGGGCAGCCCCCCAUUGUUAGAUAUGCACAAUCCUAUAGGGCAGCCCUCAACGCUGCUAUGGGGCAGCCCCACACCCACUCCAGCUAUGCAUCCCCUGAAUGGGGCAGCCCCACAACCCCGCUAUGGGGCAGCCCCCCAUUGUUAGAUACGCACAAUCCUAUAGGGCAGCCCCAAAACCCCGCUGUGGGGCAGCCCCCCAUUGAUAGAUAUGCACAGUCUCUGGGGCAGCCCCACAUCCCAACUGCCCCCUCCAUCCUCUAGAUACGCACAAUCCCAUAGGGCAGCCCCUGACCCCACUAUGGGGCAGCCUCGCCCCCCACUCCAGCUAUGCACCCCCUCUAUGGGGCAGCCCCCCAUUGUUAGAUACGCACAGUCCAUGGGGCAGCCCC